AUGGCUGAUCGUAGGACCGUUGCUGAUCACAUUAGUGUUGCUCCCACCACUGUUCGCUCGAGCAUCACACUUCCUGCUGUAGAGGCGAACAACUGGACCAUCCCACCCACCUUGAUCAACAUCAUUACCCAUUCGGUCCAGUUCCAUGGUUUACGAGAUGAGGACCCACAUGCUCAUCUGACUAGAUUCGGUAGGGCUGCUAUCUGGUUGGACUCCCUCCCACAGGGAGCAAUCACCACUUGGAAUGAUCUUCAAUCUAAAUUCUUACAGAAAUACUUCCCACCUGCAAAAACCGCUCGUCUUAGAAAUCUCAUCUAUGCAUUCACUGAGCAGCCAGGGGAGUCUUUCUACGAGACUUGGGAUAGGUUUAAGGCGCUGCUGAACAAGUGCCCUCACCAUGGGCUUGAGGAGUGGAGAGUCGUGGAGAAAUUCUAUAAUGGAGUUUCUGAAGCGACUAAGAGACUGCUUGACUCCACAGCAGGAGGCAACAUGAUGAAGACCAAGACUGCUGCUGAGUGUCUUGAGAUGAUGAAGGAUCUAGCCACCAGUACUUAUACCGAGCCAGGCUUCGAGGGCGUUACUGCUGCCUCUAGGGGUAUUCAUAUGGUAGAUUCUAGCGUAGCUUUAGCUGCCCAGGUUGAAUCCUUGACAAAGAUGGUCAAGGACAUUCAGGUUAAGAUUAGCUCUAAGUGUGAGGUGUGUAGAGGUGGGCAUGAGACGGUAGAUUGCCCGGUAGGAUCUGAGGAGGAGUUGAGUUUUGUCCAGAACCAGGGACGAGGCCAGGGUUACAACUCUGGAUGGCAGUCACGCCAAACCUCGAACUGGCAGGGCAGGAAUCCCCCUGGAUUCCAGCCUCGCCAGAGUCUGUUUCAGACCCUUGCUGAUGGACAGAACAGUGGAGAGUCUAAAUCUGAGCUGAGCGAGUUUUUGAAGAGGAAUGAGGAGAGUCAGAGUAGGGCGAAUAAACUCCUAGAGUCGAUAGUGAUGCAGGGUGAGGCUAGACAUCAGGAGCAGGUCAAGAAAAAUCAAGAGUUUGAGCUCAUGUUUAGGAAUCAGGGGUCCACCAUAAAGAGUUUAGAGAGGACCGUAGGAGAGAUUGCCAACAGGAUGACUGAGAGGCCAGUAGGUACAUUCCCUAGUAGCACCCAGACUAACCCAAACGCUACUGCAAAGGCAGUGACUACUAGGAGUGGUAGAGGGGUAGAAGUAGAGAAGCCGGUCGAUGAGGUCGAGGAACCGGUUGAUGAGGAGAUUGAGAUGGAGACUCCUGCUGGCGAUGUGCACCCUAGGCUGCGCCCAGCAAGUACAACACAAUCCAGCAAGUCUUCGGGAGAGAAGAAGAAGGAGAAGGAGCCACUUAGAGUCUAUAAACCCACAGCUCCUUACCCUGGUAGGCUUUUAGCUAAGAGCAAUUCUGAGCAGUAUUCACGGUUCUUGGAGAUGCUGAAAAAACUCCAUGUGAACCUUCCUUUCAUUGAGGCUCUAUCUAAAAUGCCUAAGUACGCCAAGUUCCUAAAGGAUCUUCUCACAAACAAGAAGAAACUAGAGGAGUUGUCUAGUGUCACUCUUAGUGAGGAGUGUUCUGCAGUCGUGCAGAACAAGCUUCCUAAGAAGAUGACUGAUCCAGGGAGUUUCACCAUUCCGUGUCUGAUCGGAGAUCUUACUGUCAGCCAUGCGCUGGCCGACCUAGGAGCUAGCAUUAACCUCAUGCCUUACUCCAUUUUCGCUAAGCUCAAUCUAGGCGAGCCAUCUCCUACGCGCAUGAGUCUUCAGCUCGCAGAUCGAUCUGUGAAGUUUCCAAGUGGUAUCAUAGUGAAUAUGCUUGUCAAGGUUGACAAGUUCGUUUUUCCGGUGGAUUUUGUCAUUCUUGAUAUGGACGAGGAUUCUAGAGUCCCGCUCAUUUUAGGAUGUCCAUUCCUUGCCACUGCCCGAGCCGUUAUUGAUGUUCUUGAUGGUAAGCUCACUCUCCGCGUCGACGAUGAUGCGGUCACCUUUGACAUCCAGCAUUCGAUGAAGCAUACGCCGCAGCAUGACGACACUCUUUACUUUAUAGACACUCUUAUGUCACAUGUGGGUAGCUUUCUUGGUGAGGUUUGCGGUAGAGAGUCUAUAGAGACCCAAAUGUUAGGGGUAGAUGUCGAGGGCAUUGAGUUGACCGAGUUCGACCUAGAGCAGGAUUCACCAUUACCAUCCAGCGAGCCAUCCAUAGGAUCCGAAUGUUCUAAGGUUUCUGAGGUGUUUGAAGUGUUAGAGAGAAAGACUCCUGAGGAGAAACCAUCAAGGGAGAUACCCCCGCCUCUAGAGCUGAAGGAACUGCCAUCUCAGUUGGAGUAUGCAUUCCUUAGCGAGGGAUCUCAGUUGCCGUCAUUAUUUCAUCGAGUUUGA